AUGAAGGUGGCAGUGCUGAUGGCAGUGGUGCUGGCCGAGAUAGUGGGAGGGGUCGGAACUAUGAGAGGAGAAGAUGGCGGGAAACGAGUCGACAUGGCGAGGGUGGAUGCUCUAGUCGCCUUCGCACGUGGGUUAGCGGGAGUAAGGGCGCGAGGCAUGCAGCGAGAGGACGGGGCCUGUCCCUGCCGCAAUCGACUUUCAUGCCGAGGACUUGGAGGAGAAGACAUGGCAAGGGAGGAGGAGGGGGGGGAUACUGCAGGAGGACAUGCAAGAGGAGGAGAUGCGUACUUGCUCUCCUCCUGUCUGCGGGUGGAAACUUGUAGGCCCGCCCGUCUCAUGCGACUGUCAGGGGGGAGAGCGAAGAGGCCAGCGAAACAACCCACACAGGAGAAAGUGGGGCAUUCGGAUACAGACGAUGGCGAGAAUGAGGAUGAGGAGGAGGAGGAAGAUGAGGAGUCCGGGUCGAACGACAACAGGCAGGACGCUGAAGACAUUCUAGGGCAGUUCGAGGAUGAAGAGGACGAUUUGGAACCGAACGCGUACUUGCUCAUGCUGGUCAGUUUCAUUCCACUGAGCUUUCACAGGCUCGGCACGGCAACAUCAGCCAUGGCAGAUCCUCUUUCACCUGCGGCUGCGAACAGCAUGCUUGCCUGGGCGACCUCGAAGAAGCGAAGGCAGACGAAGCAGCUAGAGCCUGAAGAGAGACUGUCGGACAUGGAUGACGAUGAGCUGGACGAGUACAUUACCAAGGGAGUGGGAGAUGACGACGAUGGGAAGAACAAGAAAAAUAAGAGGCUGGGUGCACCAGAUGUUGCUGGUAUUGACAGGAUCAAGCUCAUGGUCUUUUCAGCGAAUGCUUAUGGAGUCGGAGGAAGAAACAUGGAGUUUGGAGGGCAGAGAGAGCCUUCAGCACAAAGGAUCUCUAUGGACCCGAACGCGGCGCAACAGAACAGAGCAGGAGGCAUCGGAGGAAGCCAGCAGGAGUUUUCUCUUCCUGUCUAUGCUGCUCCAUCCGAAGCGUCGCUGCCUGGGGGCCCGACAGGGCAGCUGCCUCCCUAUCAGCCUGCUCCUAUCCCUCCCCACAUGCGUGUCACUGUGUUCAACCCUCCUCCAGGCCCUGGAAACGUGGUGCCGCCAGAAGACUUGGAGGAGGAUCUAUCGAUGGAGGAGCUUGAAGAGGUAGAUGGAUUGUUCUUUGGACAGUGGAAGGAUGCUGCAGUCUGCGUUGACAGGUUCGAGGUCGAGACGGCUGGACGGCACCUGAAAAUCGAGGAGGCGGGGAAGGUGCUUCAGUGUAGAGGAGGAGAGCAAUACCAUGGCUGGAGCAAUUUCGUCCGGUUCAGCAGCUUUGCUCGGACUACCCGGCCCAUGACAACCAGCGGAGAGCAAACGGUGAAGAUCAACUACAUUGAGUAUGAGGUAAGGGAAUGCUGCGAUGUAGAGGUUCCGAGAACGCUGACAGCAGAAAAGAUCAAAGGGUGGGGCUCCCCUAUUUUCCUCAUGAUAGGUGUAACUAGCGAUGACGAUCUGGACUUCGAUUAUGUCACCUUCCCGCUCAAUGCUGUUGUCUGGUGUCAGAACGGAAAACUCAAGUGGGGCUGGGACCCGACUGCUGUUUCCAUGCGCAUGCCAAACCCAGAGUCGAUGCGAUCCAGCUUGACGGUUGAGACAGUCUACGGCGAUAAGAUAGGAGUGCUGCUUGACCUGCAGCAAAGGAAGGUCGGAUUCGUCAAGAACGGAGUCCUCUUGAACGAGUUGACUGUGUACGACAUGCCCGUCGAACAAGACCUUCGAUUCAUUGCUAGCCUCUACGAUGCUGGGAGCGAGCUGGCCAUCGUCGAGCCAUCGCAAGCUCUAGAGACGUUGAACAGCCUGAGAAACCUGGACUGGAGCAAGUGGAACUCUCCUCCUCCCCCUGGCGCCUUCUGGGAUGGAGUGAUGAGGAAAAUCGAAGACAACCCGGAUGACAGCUUCAGCUUCACAGAGAGCUCCUCCUCCUCCGAAGAUGACAAGAGGAUGCUCCGCAGCUAUAUGGGCAAAGAUGCCCCGCCCGAUCUCGCGACGUCCACGGAGGAGUCCACUGAAGAGACGGAGGAUGAACAGGACAAGGACAAGGAGGCAGAGGAGCAAGUGAUCAUCGGACACAACCUGACGGCGGCAGAGGCUCCCCGGAUGAGCGUCCGCGGGCAGGACGACUCGCAGCUCGUUACUUCUUCCCUCUCUGCCUCAGACAUCGACGACGAGCUUGACUUUGCGGGCAGGCUGUACGACAGUCACGAGCAAAUCAGCCAGGCCUCUCCUCCAUCUUCUACCGAGAAGGCUGUCACUCCUCCAGAGCGUUCCUCUCCGUCGGAGUCAUCUUGA